GUUUGAUCGAGUCCGAUGGUCAUUCAGUUUUUAGUCGCGACUCGACCACCUCGUCGACGGUAUGCGUCGCUUCUCGCUUCUCGCACCUCGUCGAAUCGAACUUUAAAACUUCCAAUUGAACGAGAACAAACGAGUAUAGUAGCAAUCUUGGGAAAAAGUUAAAAAGCAAAGUGGCAAAUUGUUUGAUAGGCAAAUUUUUCUGGAGAAAAGUUGUCAAACUACGCUUCCAUCUGCAAUUGCACGUCGAACAAGUUUUAAUAGCCAAAAAUGGCUUGUCCCUUAUCCGACGGGAUUAUUGCGGAGGAUCAGGAUCAAGACAACGAUCAGCUGACCGAGGGUCCAGGCAUGCUUUACGGGGAAUACCUUCGGUUGGACAAAAUCCUGACUGCGCAAAGAUUGUUGAGCGCCGAGUACAACAAGGAAGUGCACGAUGAACAUCUUUUCAUCGUCACUCAUCAGGCGUACGAACUUUGGUUCAAGCAGAUUAUUUACGAGCUGGACACGGUGAGAGCGCUUUUCAACCCGGAGACGAGCAGUUACGACUCGUUGAACAGUACCUCGAACAAUCGUACAGCUCUUGAGAAAAAUCGACUGUCCCAAGUUCUGAACGAGUCGAGAACUCUGGAGAUCUUGAAGAGAUUAAACCGCAUCGUCCUCAUUCUGAAACUGCUAGUGGACCAAGUAACCAUUUUAGAAACCAUGACACCACUGGACUUUAUGGCGUUUAGAGAUUACCUGUGCCCUGCCUCGGGUUUCCAAUCGCUCCAGUUUCGUUUACUAGAGAAUAAGCUGGGAGUGAAGCAGGAACAUAGAGUCAAGUACAAUCAAAGUUACACAAGAAUCUUCGGAAGAGAUCCCAAAGCCAUCGAAGCGAUCAAACGCUCGGAGGAAGAGCCGAGUCUUAGCUGUCUUGUUCAGAGAUGGCUGGCGAGGACGCCCGGCCUUGACACUCAUGAUUUCGACUUUUGGGGAAAAUACAAAAGAUCCGUCGAAAAGUUGCUCGCCGAACAAGAACAACUUGCUCGAAAACAAACAAAGGAACAGCUUCGAAAUUAUUACUUGUCGACUGUGCGUUCUCGACAAGCAGCCUUCGAGACGGUCUUCAACGAAUCUCUUCACAACGCGCUCGUCUCACGAGGUGAAAGAAAAUUCGCCUACGGAGCAUUACAAGGAGCAGUGAUGAUCACGUUGUACCGUGACGAACCGAGAUUCAGUCAACCGCAUCAAAUUUUGACCGCUUUAAUGGACAUUGAUUCCCUUAUCACGAAAUGGAGGUAUAAUCAUGUUCUAAUGGUUCAACGAAUGAUUGGGUCUCAACAACUGGGUACCGGAGGAUCUUCCGGCUACCAGUACCUCAAGUCCACCUUAAGCGACAGAUACAAAGUGUUCUUGGACCUGUUCAACCUGUCUACGUUUUUAAUACCUCGUCACAUGAUUCCGCCGCUGACAAAACAAAUGAAGACAAAAUUGUCCAUUGCCUGCAACGGAUGGAAUCCGGACGACAAACAAAACAAUUCGGAAUGUACACUCGAGGCUACCUAAAUAGUCGAGCACGAUUUCCUAACGAUAGGAUAUAGGUGCAUAUAAUACAAUACAAUACAAUACAAUACAAUAAUAGAUUAUUCAGGAAAUGUUACUUUUAGAUAUACAUCUUAUACAACUCAUGUACGUAUGUAAAUCUUUAUUAGAUAUACUCUUUAUACUCUGUCGCUUAGCACAUGUAAUGUUUCGAAACGGAGUGUCUGUAAAAUUAUAGAAAUAAUCGUGUA